GAGACGGGCAGGGACCAAACACCCCGGUUCCAUCACACACAUACCACACAUACCACACAUACCUACCACACAUACAGUACACCACUACUGCCAGGCGAUGCCGUGACUAAACAGCAACCCACAGCCGUAGUGCGGUUAUGGGAAGGGGGUGGGCUUGUAAGAUACCCAUCACUUGCAGAUUGUGGCUGAAAACACGGCAGGUAGCCUGACGGAUUACCUGCAUCGAUUACACUCCACGAUUUCCGCCAGGAUUUCAAAAUAGGGUCUUGGGACAGAGGACGACUACGCUACCUACAUCUGCCGACGUUAAUCCUCUGUUUUACACAAAUGCAGGAUGGCGCCACUGCGGUCAUCAACAAGUGCCUUGCUUAACUUUUCCAAUGCUGGUCCUUGGCUUCUCCUUAAGUCUUCCUCGUCGUUAAUAGACUACUUAUACUCGGCUCUGGCUUGACAGAGUCACUGCAUAGUCCAGCCGCAACUAGAUUUGCCAUUCACUCUUCAAUCAUCCCACAAUGACUGGACGACAAGCAACAAGAACACGGCAGAAGUACAAGGACAGUUGUACUCACUGUGCUGGGGCUAAGGUCAGGUGCAGCAAAGAAAAGCCGCGAUGUACGCGGUGCAAUGAACGAGGCCUUGAAUGCUCAUACGGCCUUUCGUAUCGCUAUGGACGUCUUCCAGCUCGUGCCAAACUCAGUGCUGCUGGCUUCAUCGACCAGGCGGCCAUGAAAAAUCCGUCUGCGCCCCGAGAGCUCAUCCCCAGUGGUUCCAGGACGCCUUCUCCGACUUCAGAGCCGACCGCAAUGCAGAUGUCUUGGCUUAGUGAAUCGAAUAUGCACAUGCUGAACGCUAAUACAUCGACUAUCAACGGAUUUACCAACGUGAGCUACCACGACCCUCAUACUCCCAACAACUUCAUGGGGCAGACCUAUGACACAACCACUGCGCCGUUGGCGCCCAUUGCCGCCCAGGCUUAUCAAACCCUUACUCCCACUUCAGAUCCGAUUACCACAGUAGCCACCUUCAACACUCUAAAUUACAUCCCAUGCUUAGAUUCAUUAAAUCACCAAGCCCCCAGGCGACAUCAUUCAAGGAGCGUUUCGAGUGCGUCGAGUAUGCCCUCGGGUUACGAUUAUAAUACUAGCACGUUCCCUAACACCUCACCCGUGGCUUUCGGCACCCCGCCAGAAACGCCAAGAGCGCGGCCUGUCCAAAAUUAUACUCCUAAUAUGCAACACGACUGCCUUUCGCAGGCUGCUGCUACGUUAUUAUCCCUGCGUCAUGAUCCAACAUCUGGGCAAGGCAAAAACCAAGAGAUGAUGGACUAUAUUCUUCAGAUGAUCGAGUGCGAUUGCUUUGCCCAUGACAGCCACGUGCGGAUGUUCGUGAUACUUAUUGGUUUCGAGAUCAUGGACAGGUACUCCAAAACGACGCAAGAUGAAAUGGCACUAGCCAGCACUGAAGGGAUUCUCGAGGAAUUACAGGUGGUGUUGAAGUUGAUUGAGCGGUUGCUGAGACGUCUGAGAGAGACUGGGACUGGCGACUACGCCCGGGGUCUAGCACCUUCAUUUGCAGUCUUCGGCCAGCUCGAAGCUGAUUUACGCAAGCAUUUACGGGGCAUUUCGCACAACACAGUCGGCGUCCUUCGGAGAGUCUGAGCAAGAGUCCAUGAUAGCAUUGGCGUUGGGGAUUUGUAAAUUAGUUGGUCGUGGUUCGUGAUUUCAUGUACA